AUGCGCUCGACUUGGUCUGCCGCUCCCGUUCGCGUCCGUCAUCACAGUCGAGAUGCUUUCGACCGUGAUGAUGGAGAUGGAUUGCAGUUCGGCUCCGGCGUAAUCUCAGUGGUGCUCGCCUCCCGCUCCCGUUCCGCGGCUUUGACUCUGCCGCCUUGCGCCACUCGGCCCUUGCCUUUCUCGACGUCUUGCGAGUUCCCCUUCGCCACGCUAGCGGGCUCGACCAGCCGAGCCGCCCAUGCCGCGGCUUCACAGACCUCUGGCAAUUGGCUUUGCAGUGCCACCGCGCUCAGUCAAUUCGCUUGCACUCCAGCCGAAAGCUUGACCUCCACCAAUCCCUCUGCCCUGGAUCACCCGAACCCGACCACCGCCACUCCUCUGCUUCUGGCUCUCUCCCGCAGCGCUCCUGCCCACGUUGACACAGGCGACGCGAUAGGAACAAAGGAACGAGAGCUGCACCAGCCAACGCCAUGCCAUCGUGACGUCGGGUAUCCUUGCGGCACUCCUACACGGACGCCGCAGAACUUCGAACUGUACUGUAACGCAGGAGCGCCGCGCCGCCAGGGCUUCUUGCAUCUUGAGACAACGAGGAGAAGCAUCAACAAGAUGCCGGGAGGACUCUUCGGACGAAGUCGCCCUCGCGACCUCACCGUCCAUGUCAACCCAGCACGAACAGGGGGUCCCGUCGUGGACCCCGAGCCUCAAAUGAGCACCAUGACAGUCAGCCGUCACAUCACUUCCGCACCCAAAGAGACCGCGGUCAAUCUGUUCUUUUACUACUUCUUCUACCUGCUCUUGAUGGCCUCGGCCGUGAUUACGAUCAUUUUCGCCCAGCGACCGUCGUCCAACUUCGACCAGACCUUUGACGUCCAGUCGCUUCCGGGUGUCAUCUUUGCCUGGAAUAGGGACGCAGCGGUGACCCCUGUGUCGGCCAUCUCAUCUGGCGGUGAUGAAAGCGUCGAAUCUGCCACGUGCACGCCUUACAAUUGGGACAGAGGCACAAGGGUCGGCUUCGACUGCACAUCGAUCGCCCCCGACGGACAGGCAAAGCUCGUCUUUUCGCUGUACUCGACCACGCCGUAUCCGCCAACCGUUCGAGGCUAUCGCGCAACCACCAACAGGUACGACGAUGUGAGCGUACCGACCUACUACGUCAAGUACUACACGUAUCUUCCGCCGCGGUCAACAUCAUCGAUUCCUUCAAUCGCAGCUACAGCCUCGCCAUCUGCACGCCUCGCUCCGCGUGAUGCCGUCGUGCAGGCGCAAGCAUCUUCACCGUUGUACUUGGGCCCAUCACGCACCCAAGUUGCUCGGACAGCGGCAUCUGCCACAUUGACUCCUGUGUCUCUGCAGGCUCGGCAAGUCGGCAACGUCCCUUCUUCUGCCACAUCGGCAACUCCAGCACCGUUGUCUUCGCUUUCGCUGAUCAAGAUCGAGUACGUCCAGUCGUCCAUGUCGGCGCUAGUUGGUGGUACGAUCGUCUCCGUAUCGUCCAUGCCAUCGCCUUCGACCGUCUCGAUCAACGCACGAACCGCCAAGAUGAACGACGGCUUCAAGUACUUCUUCAGCGCCAUCGCGGUGGUGCCGGCUUUCUUUGCGACGCUCACCAUCAUUUGCGUAAGCUACAACCUGUCGGUGGCCGCACGCAGGGUCAGGCGUUCUAGACGAAGUUCAGGCGCUAGCAUGGGGCCCGUUCAGGUCGGUCAGAAUGAUGUCGAAGAGAAGGUCGAACGCAAGCCGAGGCCCAGCAAGCGCAAUCGUCGCGCGCAGUCGGCACACGUCGAUCGGGAUGACAAUCGAUGGACGAGAGACACAUUGACGGCAAUCAAUGAGGUCGGUGAAACGGACGCGACUUCUACGAUGUCGAAGCCUUCGACAAAGCCGCCGGCUUAUGAAAGCGGCACUGUUGCACGGCGUGCGAGCGUGGACAGCAGAAACGUACGCCCCGGUGCCAGGGCUCCGACUGUGAUGACCGGCGUCGCGCAAAUGGCCGAUGGUGACUCGGCUCCGCCCGCGUACGAAUCGAGACCACCGUCGCGAGUUGGUGAUGCUCGCACGGUCGGACGGGAAGACGACGACAUCGAAGUGAUCGCAACGCCCUCGGAUAGCGAAAGCGAGCACACUGCGGAAGCGGUAGCAAGCUUCUUUUCCUCGGAUCGCCCUGCGCCGGAUCUUUCUCUCGGCGCUGUUGACUCGAUGGCUACCCCUCGCACUUGGACGAAACGUUCGUCGUCUUUGCUGGUAGGGUGGAUGGUGUUGCCGAUCUACGCUUACAUGUUCUGGUGGGACUAUGCGGCGUUUAUUGUGGUAGGCUUGCUGCAGAUCGCUGCGUUCUCGCUGGCGGCUGAUGCGAUGCUGGACGUAGGCAAGUUUGUGCGCGACGACGCAUGCCUGGGCGACGGAGACAACUACAGCCUGUACAGGUCGCUGUGCGGCCGGGGUCGAUUCCGGGCGACCUAUCCGCUGAUCUAUACCGAGACGAGGCCGCGCACCACGAUCUGGCUCUUUGCGAGCGACCUGCUGAUCCUGCAGAUCAGCCUGGUGGUGCUGUUUGUGGCCAACCUGGGCUGGAUGAUCACCAUUAUGCGCAAGACGGCGCUCACGGAACGCAACAAGCUGGAGCCGGACCGUCGGAUCACGAACGAGAGACACACGGGGAGGUCGGGCCCUGGAUACAUUGUGGUACUCCACAAGACGGGCAAUCACGGAAAGUACGGCGACUGGAAGGCGGCCGACGAUGUCUAUGCGCUCGAAGAGAUGAAUCGUGCUCAAAGUAGACGGUGGGGAAUGCUAGCACGACGUUGA